UAUUGUUGACAGUAUGGCGCCUUUCCUUUUGAAUUCGUGAGAGGAACUUAAUAGUUUUGUGAAUAUUUAGUUUCUUUAUCUUCUUUGGGGUCCCUGUAAUUGCUGAGGAUGUCGGCAAUUGAACCAGUGCAAGUGACAUACACAGGGGCCCUAUGUUCUGUUCUAGCCUGGGUUUUAGGAUGGGCCACCUUAUACUUUGUCCUUUGUGUCCUGAAUUCCAGCCACAAAAAUGAAUGGAACUGUAGAAUUGUCAGUGCUGUUCAUGCCAUAACUGUGUGCUGUUUGGCAUUUUGGGCUGUUUUUGUGCAGGGGCCAUGGGUAUUUACAUUACCAGAUGAUUAUGCAAUUUGGCGAUGUUUCAAGUAUAUACUGCAAGGACAUUUUUGGGAGUUGUAUACCUUUGGACCAGGAGGGCGCAGUUCCCCUUUACAACAGUUUAUAGCUGAGAUGUCCCUAGGGUACUUCCUGUAUGAUUUCAUGUGGUGCAUAUAUUUUAAAACUGAAGGUUUUGUAAUGUUACUUCAUCACUGUUUAAGCAGCAUUGGUUUGGGAGUGACAGUGCUCCGUGGAAUGUACGGUACAGAGAUGGUGGCGACCCUCUUGGCAACCGAAGUGACCAAUCCUUUUCUGCAGUUCCGCUGGUUUCUAAGACAGACAGGGCAGUAUGAAACCCUCCUCGGAGAAGUAAAUGAUAUUUUAUUCAUGGCAUUGUUUGGAUUUGCCCGAAUUGGAAUGGGCACUUCUCUCCUUAUUACUUACUACCAGCAUCCAAACACAGACUUCUUGGGGAAGUUUGGCGGAACUUGUAUUUAUAUCAUAGGGUGGUUGUUCUGGAUAAGUAUUAUGCGUUUUGCGCUAAAAAAAUACACUAAAAUGUAUCACCUGUGGAAAAAGGGGAAAUUAAAACUGGAUGAGGAUCAUUAUAAAAUCAAGAGUGAGGAAAAUGGGAGUUUAGACACAGGGGACAUCAUAGGGGAUUUAGACAUUGAAGAGAUCAAGGAGGAGAUUAAGGAAAUUGCUGAAGAGAUUAAAGAAGAGAUUAAAGAGAAGAUUCAUUAAUGGUAUAUUAUGCAAAACAUGCUUCCACCAUUUUAUCAGAAAAUUGACAUUAACUCAUUUUUUCUAUGUAUUUGUAAAAGUUUUCAUUACUAGUCAGUAAUAUAUAUGUGUCAUUUACAGAAUGCUAUUGAUUUUUUUCCAUAGAAAUCAUGUUGAAUUAAUUUGAUAUUUUUCUGUAUAUGUCUGCUUUUAUCAGUUUUGUUUUCAUACAACUAAUCAGUAAAUAUAUUUAAUGCGGCACUCUGAUAAUGCAGGAUUUUGCAACUUGUGGCUCUUUCAUCACACCUUUAAUUGUAUCUCCCAUUUUUUUUCACACAGCGAAUCACUGUAGCAGCAAAUAAGAAAUCUCCCUCUAUCAAACGUUUCAGAAAAUGGCAGAUAUAUUUUUAUGUGUACUAAAUUGUAUUUAAUCUAAAAAAAAUGUACUUUGCAGAUAAUGUUUCUCUUCAAUCUUGAAGUAUAUUCCAGAUAAAUUUAAGUUGGAUAGAGAAUUGCGUGGAAUAUUUUGUGAUGAGGAAUAUAUUUUAUCUUUUAUUCUUAUAGCGAACAAAGUUGUCAAACAACAGAUAUAGUACAAGUUUUGAUUACGCGUUUCAUGGUGCCAUCAUGUCCGCUCAAGUAAUUAGUUGUAAAAUCAACUGACACCACUUUUUAAUUUUUGUGAUAAAUAACUGAUUUUAUAAUCUAGUCUCAGAACUCGAGCUCCAUGUUUCCAAUUUUGUAUACAGGGUCUGUCAUGAAAUGAAUGUUUUAUACAUCUUGUCUUUAAUAUGACCAAAAGAAGGAGGCUCUGUUCCAGGGAAAUUUAAGUGCAAAUUUUUUCAGGUUCUUAAUGCAUAACUAACGGUGAUCAAAGAAAAAUUCUACAUUUACCUUUAUAAUAUUUUGAUGAAGUUAUGUUUAUAGUUGAGCAAAUAUAAAAAUAUUGUGAUCCGUGAAUUUCAUAAUGAAUGGAAUGGAAUAAAUAUGUCCAUAUUGGA